AUGAGCACCUCGGGCCUUCAGGCCGCUCAGCAGCCGGACGUGAAGGAGCUGGACAGCAUGAAGGAGUCCAUCAGCGACAUCAUCAACCAGCUGCAGGACAUCGACCCCACCCGGCUGUCCUUCUCCCCGUUCCUGGACCUGGACACUCAGAUCUCCUUGGCGCCGGUCUCCGACAGCCCGGAGUCCUCCGUGGAGGAGCUGCACUCGGCCUGCGGCUCGCAGCGCUCGCUGGAGCCGGCGGCUCGUCGGCCGAGGAGCCCCGCCUCCUUCCCCCCUGAUCCCCACGGCGACCUCCCGCCGGCGCCUCGAGGAGACCGCGAGGAGGAGGCGGAGCCUCCAGCUCCUUCCUGUCCGAUCGUCGCCGCGGAAAACUCCGCCGGCUCUCCGCCGCCGCCGACCCCGGCCUCCCGGCACGCCGACCUCCCCAACGGCACGGGCGCCGCCGGGUGGAGCCCCGAGGAGGCCGCCGAUCCGGACCGCGCCGCGGAUGAGUGCCGGCCUCUGAUUGGCCCGGAGAGCGUGGAGCUGACGGUGUGGAGCCCGGAGGGGCGGCGGGCGGAGGCGGGCGGGGCCCCGGAGGAGGCUCCGGCUCGGGGGCCGCGGCGCCGCCGCUGCCCCUGCUGCCUCGGCGGCCGCGUCCCCGCCGCCCUCUCGGCGCCGGCCUCCCUGCUGUGCGCGGCCGGGCUGCUCUACGCGCUCUACUUCUACGUCCCCCUCCGACCCCCCGACUGCGGCGACCUGGCGGGCCGCGUGGCGUUCGCCCUGUGCUGCUGCGCCGCGGCCACCGCGCCCGUCCUGCUCGUGAUGCUGCUGGGUGCCGCCGGCCAGUUCUGCUCCGCCUCCUUCGACCCGCUGGAGCUCCCCCGGAGACGAGCGCUGCAGCAGCUGUUCGUCACGGCGACCGCGGAGCAGCUGCUGCUCUACACGCUCAACCUGGUCGUCAUGGCAGCCCUGCUGCCUCCGGACCGCAUGAAGCUGGUACCAGUGCUGGUCGCCAUGUUCAUCUUCGGGAGGCUGGUCUACUGGCUCAGCCUGAACGCGUGCAGCUCGUGGCGAGGCUUCGGCUCCGGCCUCACCGUCUUCCCGCUGCUCGCCAUGGCGGCCCUCAACGCGUUCCUGGUGUACCGCCUGCUGCGUGGCGAGCAGCCGGCCGCCGUCUCCCGGGACGACGACCUCCAGGUCAACCCGUCGGCGGCCUGGUCGGGGGCGACGUCACAGAGCCCGCCGGCUCAGUGAGGAGACGGAAUAGUUCUUCCUUGUGAUCGGCAGCGAGAAGCCUCCACGCCUCCUGCUCCUCCUCCUCCUCCUCCUCCAGCACCUCCUUCUCUCAGCGGAGACGUGCUUAUUAUCCGAAGGGAAGGAGCGGGCGGCGGGCGGCCUUUGAACAACGCCGCCUUAAAACAUUCGUCCGUGGAGUUAUUCCCGUGCCUCUAUAUUUAAUGUACUUCAAAGGCUCCUCCGCUCUAUCUGGGGCUCAUUUUGGGUUUGACCUUUAAAAAAAAAAACAUUUUAAACCACGAGCAAAGCAAACUGCAGUCGUGAGACUUUAUUAUUAUUUUUAAACUUGUCCGAAACGUUUUUUGUACAUGAUGAAGACAGAAUAAAAAAAACAUUUAAAAAAGAAAGUUAUUUUCUAGUUGUUGUUUUUGUUGUAUUUCUCUAUUUGUGGUUCUCUUGUGGUUUAAAUGUCACAUCGGCUGCAGAGAUGUGGAAA